UUACAGUGACAGUGAACUAUAUGUCAUGUGCGACACAUAACCUAGGCACUGCUGAUUUAAUACUAAUCGUUAUUUAUUAGUCGUAUUGUAUAAAAUUUCUUAAUGAUUUUAACUCACAUUUCAUUGAGGUAAUAAUUAGUAAAUAAUACACAAUUAUGGCCGAAGCAUCAUUUACCAAGCCAACGAAUGAUUCAGCAAUUCACAUUCGAAAUGAAUCUGUGAAUUACACUACCGAAAUACGACAAAUGAUGCAUGGAUUCGGAGAUAGUAGUGAGCCAUUAAUUGAAUCCGCGAAAAUCGUAGAAGAAGUUGUUUUACAACAAAUGAGAACAAUAAUAAAAAAAGCUUGUGAAGUUUCUGAGAGACGAGGAAAUUCGAAAAAGGGCAUUACUAUUUCAGCAGAGGAUCUGAUUUUUUUAUUACGCAAAGAUAAAGUCAGGUUGCAGCGUCUCAUGAAAUAUUUAGAAUUAAAAGAAUUCAAGUCUUCCAUACACAAAGCAAUAGACAGUGAGUUAGCUGAAGAGAUUGUACAAACUGAAAAUUUGGAAGGGUCAAAACACAAAGGGCCACUGCAUAAUUUUUUUAGUCAAAUUGACAAUACUGGUGAACUUCUUGAGGAUGCAUCUACUGUAGAUGAAAUCAAACAACAAAGGUGUAUUCGUGCUGAAAUUAUGAGUAGAUCUAUGGAUGAAGCUAGAUAUUUAAAAUUCAGUAAAGCACGUAAUGCAUCAUUUGCAAAUAAAAAUCGACAUAAAUUUAGUGAUUGGAUAGCAGCAGACAGUGAUAUAAUAAUAUCAAAACAAGCAUAUACAAUUUUGGGGUAUUUAGCAUAUGAAACAGUAGCACAAAUUGUAGACUUUGCAUUAUUAGUGAGACAAGACCAAAGUAAAAUUUAUGGAGAUGCUAUAGAUCGACUUAGGCUUAAUUAUGUUAAUCCCUACACUUAUAAACCAUAUUAUCAUGGCAAGGUUGCUGCAACAAAAUCCAUAACACCUGCAGAAAUAAUUGAAGCUCUCAGACGGUAUUGGUCUCCACAAUUAGAUAUGACAGGCCCAUUUAAUAGAUGGUCAAUGAGAAAACCACACUUAAAGCUCCUAUCCUGUUAAGAUAAAUAAACAGGAUACUAAUCUUGCUUUUGCAUCAUGGCGAAAGCAGCGUCGAUACUCGUACUUUCCCUUCCGCACCACCAG